GUAUGGAUGCAUUAAAUGGCAUUUUAGUUCAUGGGCAUUGUUUGGAAUUUAAUAUCCGUGCUGCAGGCAGUCUCCAUCAGGAGGAGGACUAGUCAAUUCUUUAUUUUUCAAUCUUUUCUUUUUGUAUAUAUAGAGAGGGAUGCAAUCUUUUCAUCUCCUUCUCUAGAGUCUAGGCAGUCAAGAAACACGCCAUCGUUUCGUGAAGAUAACACACCCGUAUUUUUACUGUAGCUGUGGAGACGAUUCGGAUUGGAUAAGUAAAACUAAAAAAGCAGAUAUGGGAAGAUUUUUAGAUCUGUGGUUUGUUUGUUGUUACCUUGGAAAUCGGAGUGCUCUCAGUCUCUCUCUCUCUCUCAAAGAAAAAUAAAAAAACAUAAGCAUGUUUUGAGGUCCACAUACAAAACCCCACGUGCGCACCUCUUAAUGGAGGAUGUACCAGAAAACCGGUUUAAUUUUGGGAUUCACUAACCCAGCAAGUUAUCGCGGUUCGAUUUUGAUUUGGUUCUCUUUUUUUUUUUUUUUGGUUUUCAAGUCUCUCUCUCACUCUCUUCGAUUGAUUUCUCUCCACUGCCGCUCUUUUUAAUUUUCUCAAAGUAAAGUUGCUCUCGCUUUACUCAUUCAACCAUACUUCUACUUUAGAGAGAGAGAGAGAGAGAGAGAGAGUACACAUUUUAGAGAUGAUGAUGAAUGAAAUCCUCUUGUUGAUCAUUCUGGGUUCUCUUAUAUCUCUUUCAGAAGUUGAGUCGAUUUCUUUCAAGAUCAUAAACCGUUGCCGGAACACGAUUUGGCCCGGUUUGCUCUCCGGCGUUAACUCUGCCCCGCUCCCCACUACCGGCUUUCGUCUCUCCCGAGGAAAAUCCAAAACCGUCGCUAUACCAUCUUCAUGGUCCGGUCGUCUCUGGGCACGAACCUUGUGUUCCCAAGAUCGUACCUCUGGUUCUUUCCUCUGCUUAACCGGCGACUGCGGCUCAGGAAAGGUUGAAUGUUCAGGCUCCGGUGCUAAACCACCCGCGACGCUCGCCGAGUUUACUCUCAACGGUACCGGAGGACUAGACUUCUACGACGUCAGCCUCGUCGACGGCUACAACCUCCCCAUGCUUAUCUUGCCCAAGAAAAUCGUGGUGGGAGGCUGCGGAGCCACCGGGUGUCUCGUCGACUUGAACGGCGCGUGUCCCAGAGACCUAAAGCUGGUGGCGCGUGGUAAAAGAAACGGUGUGGCUUGCCGUAGCGCGUGCGAGGCAUUCGGCGAUCCAAGGUAUUGCUGCAGCGACGCGUAUGCUACCCCGGACACCUGUCAGCCUUCGGUUUACUCGCUCUUCUUUAAGCACGCGUGCCCGCGAGCCUACAGCUACGCCUACGACGAUAAGACCAGCACUUACACUUGCGCCACCGGAGCCGAUUACUUCAUCAUCUUCUGUCCUCCGCCGUAUACAAGUGAGAAGCUAUUAGGUUCGAGGAAAGAUGGGGCAACUCUGCCGCUAGUAAACAAGAGCAUGAUACAUUUGCCGCAUCCUCGCAGCAGCUGAGCCGCCUCUGUAUUUGUAUAAG